AAGAAGAGUGAGUGUGACCCCAGCCUGUUCCUGCUGCAGGAGAAGGAUGAAAUCCUCAUGCUCUUGGUGUAUGUGGAUGAUAUCCUUCUCUUCUCUGCAUCAACUGCUUUGCUGGACAGCGCAGAGCAGAUGCUGGAGAUGCAGUUCAAGUGCUCCAAGAUGGGUGAGGUGAAGUACUACUUGGGGAUGCAUGUGGAGAGAGAUGUGGAAAAGGGUGUGCUGAGGUUGCACCAGAGGAAGUACUGUGAGGGGCUGGCUGAGAAGUAUGGGCUGCAAGAUGGGGGAAAGCCAGCAACACCACUACCUUCGGGGUUUACUGUGGAGCCAUGUGCUGAUGAGGAGGUAGUGGGUGAGAGUGACAGGAAGCUGUUUCAUUCGAUGGUUGGGUCGCUGAACUAUGCUGCAAAUCAUACACGGCCUGACAUUGCAUUUGCUACAUCACGGUUGGCUAGUGCGGUCUCACGCCCUAGUCAUGAGCAGCUGGAAGCGGCCAAGAGGUUGGUCCGCUAUGUGAGUGCUACGGCAUCAGUGGGAUUGGAGUACAGUGGAGUGAGGCAGCGGUUGCAGAGAGGAGGUGGUGCUGUGAGCUGGCGCAGCAAGAAGCAGAAUGAGGUGGGAUUGUCCUCAUGUGAGACUGAGUACAUGGCCUUACACCAUGGGGCCAAGGAAGUGGUAUGGCUGAGGCGUUUGUUGGAGGAGUUGGGAGUUGGUCAGAAGGAGCCGACGGUGAUCUUUUGUGAUAAUGAGUCUGCAGUGAAGCUGGCCAAGAAUGCUUGUCUGCAUGGGCUGACAAAACACAUAAGGCCUAAGUGGCACUGGGUGAGGAGACUUCUUGAUAAGGAGGUGCGGCUGGAGAUAGUGAAGACCCAUCAGCAGGCAGCAGAUAUUUUCACCAAGCGUCUGGCGGAGGCGGAUCAUUGGAAGGGCAUGAAGCUUGCUGGGAUGAGUGUGCAUUGAGUAUGCAUGCUUGAGAUGUUGGUAUGGUGGUUGAUGGUUGGCAGCCAGAGGGGGAGAUUGUUGUGUGAUGUCAUCAUAUGCUAUCACAUUCUGUCUGCCUCCCAUCCCAUAUUUUUUUCAACUUGCAUGUGUGGUUUGAACGUGUGCAAGAAUUUGUGUGUGAUGUGUUCUGGAGUUUGGGAAUGUGUUCUGUGUUAUUUCUUGUUUGAGCAGGUUCUUGUGAUGGUAGAUCUUGAGAAGAUCUUUCCGACGCAACAAGAAUCGCUUCAAUCGGAGCAAGAACGCGAAAGCUAUGAAGAUUCAAAGUUCAUGAGCUUGCGUUACAAUUGCGGCGGUUACAAAGUGAAGUUGUGGGGUGACUCUAUAUGGAGUUGGGACCUUUGGGGUUGGGGAAAUUCGUCACUCUACUGUAACAGCUGCAAAUUGGUUGGGAACAACCAA